AUGUCCUGUGAAACCUUGUUUCCUGGGCCCUAUGAAUUUGUCCUAUAUGAUUUUUUUUUCUUUGAAAUUAAGAUCAGGACACGUAUUUGGGUGCAUGCUGGGUCUGAGGAGCCGUGGGACAUGCGAGGGUGGUCAGGAGGCAGUGGGGAUUGCUGGUCUGGAGCUGAGGAGGCAGGUCUGUACUGGAGGUUGAUUGGGCAGCUGUUAGCAGAGGCAGCAGCUGCAGCCAGGGGUGCACGAGACUGUGUAAGAGUGAGGCAGAUUGAGGCUGGGAUCCCUCAGGCAUUUGACACCAUUAACCAAAAUUCCUUCCCAACUGCCUGA